CACGGAGAAAACAAACGAUGCAACAUUCGCACGUAUGUUGCGGGCAUGGACUAGGCCGCGUUGGGGGCGGGGAGGAGGUUGUCCUCACCAGGAACACUGGUAGAAAUCAAGCGUACUUUUACGCCUUUCUUCAAGCUGGAUUUUUAACGGUGUACGCUGGCCGGGGUAUAAAUACUGAUGGACGGAGAGCAUCACUCCAGUCUUCAGCUGGACAGCCCACGCGACGUCCCCCAGGCCCCGCCGCCGUGCACUCACAGAUCCCCGAGACCACGAGCUCCGCGGUCGCAAUGAGGGCCCUCAGCAUGGUGGUGUGCGCGCUGCUCGCCCUGCAGUGUGCGUGGUGCCAUUCUCCCGCCUCCGAGGAGGAUAUCCAGAAGUUGAAAAAGUGCGCCGAAGAGCAAAAUGUUAAAGCAGAUGAUUUGAGGCCAUUCUUUGAAGAGAAGGAAAUUUCCAAAGAUGACAAAUGCUUCUUUAAAUGCGCGAUGAUGGCCUACAACAUGCUCAAGGAAGAUGGCACCAUCGAUGCGGAGACGUACAUGAAGGAACACGGAGAUGAAGCGUACCUCCCCGCAGUUAACGAGUGCAUCAAGGACGAAAAGAACGAUGACCUGUGUGAGGUGGCGUUCCAACACAACGCCUGCUUGAUCAAGAACGAGUUCUUCAAGAAGGGAAUGAUGUCCAAUUUUGAGAAGAUUUAGAAACCUGAAAAUGCAAAUUGCCUUUGAGGAGGAGCGCCAAUUAAGUGCUCUUGCCCUACAGCCACCUCCAUCUCCGUGGCCGUGUAUUACAAUAAACUAUUGUAUAAACCCCCCAAAA